GAGGACCGUGAGAUCGCCAGGCUGCGUGAGCGGCUGCGGGCUGGAUCGUCGCAGGAGUCUUCGGGCUCUUCCCCUGCCGCCUCUGCGCAUGACGAUGACGACGACGAGGACCAGGCCCGCCUCGCCGAGAUUGCGGGGCUGCCCAAGCAGCUGGGCGACUGUGCUGACCCAGCCAUCACUAAGGCUCGGCAGGGUCUCCACGGUGAGCGUGACGGCAUCAAAGCCAAGAUCGUCCGCAGCGAACAGCAUGCGGGCCAGCUACAUCACUACACCGCCAGGAUCGGAGCACUCGAGAAGCAAAGGGUGCACCAGCAGCAGCUCCCGGACAAGUAUCGUGCCCAGCAGAAGGGGCUCGAGGCUAACAUCGGCAAGGUUGAGAAGUGCCUCUCAGACCUGGCGGCAGACAUCCAGGAGAUGGACACGCAGCGUUGGCAAGUCUCGGCUAAAGCCUCUGCCGCUUCGCCAGGCGCGUUCUCUCUCAAGGCGACGGUGCCUGCGCUGGACCUCCCCAUUGACAAGCUCGGGGAAAUGCUCAAGUCGAGGGGAGCGGACGACACCGUGUCAGGUUCGGUCACCGCUUGUUUCACAGCGCUGCGCGAGUUGAAGCCACGCAAGCAGGAGGACAAUGUGAAGGCCCAUGUCGAGACCGAAUGUCCACGACCUGCUGACUCCCCGUCUCAGCAGCAACGCCCCGUCGCACAGCAGGAAUCCCACGACUACCUCGCGCAUAUGGACUCCGAUGACAUCGACGACCUCCGCGACUUUGUCAAGGAAGCCAUGGGCACCAGCGCCCCCUCGGGCAACGAGCAGGUGCGGGAGGCAGUCAAGAGGUUCGCUGCCGCCGCCGAGCAGCUCGCCAAGCGUCGUCGCACGGGCACCGACACGCCAGAGAAGACGAACGGCAGUGGAGUUUCGGUCACCGGUGCGAACUCGAUCAUCACUACCAACUUCUCGUCGUUCGGCGUGCUAAAGGAUGCCAUUACCAACCCAGCUUGUGGCCAGGCCAUUGCCCUGGCUGAGGAAUUGCAUGCGGGACAAGGCAUGUUGACCGACUUGCAGCAUUCAUGCGCGCUCAUGGGCUUCAGGGCCUCGUGGGCCGCCGCCCCCGAGACGGGCAGAG